AUGCAGGGCACAGUAGUCGGCUACACGGAACCCAAUGGUUCACAAGGCAUUGGCAUAGUCGAAGGGUUCUUCAGCGGAAUGUACCUCAUCAAAGUCGCGGACAUCGACGAAUAUGACGAUGAACGGAUAGUUGAAGCUGAGGAGAACGAGGUGGAGGAGUUGCAUGUGUGUACUUAUGGGGUGGGAUGGGAUUAA